UGGAGGAGUGUGAAACCGCGUGUUAAUGUAACCAGUUGUGGAGAGGCGAGGCCGGCCUGAGACAUUGUGUCCCGUGAGCUGACAUCGAACGGCCCUAGCCAGCUGCAAGUUUCCGCUCGGCGCGGCCUGCAGGAUAUAGCCGUCUACUGCUCGGGCGUUGCACGUCCACACGGAGGGGCCACUUUCUCUUUCCCGUGCACUUUCCGGGACUGUAGUGUGCGGGGCUUGCUGUGCGGAUCACUUUGGGGAUUGUUGUGUGUGGGGGUUCAUCGCUUGUGUGUGGAGACAGCAGAAGCCGGAACCGCUGACAAGCGCACCAAACUAGGGGGGCUUUUAUUGUGCGUGUCUCCUAAAGGAUUUCCCCAUCUGGAUAUUUAUUGGUUCCUGCCGGUGUUUCCCGGGGCCACAUCCUGCUCCCAAGCAGCGCCGAGUGCUGAGGCUUUUGUUCCCAUCACCACCUUACCAUAAUGCCCUGGGGCUGCUGAGCCCUGCGGGAGGCGCACUUGCGCUGCGGGGGAUUUAUACCUCAUGGUCACUGGCUGCUUUUAUUCUCCUCGCUGUGGGAUCUGUGCAGAAGGGGGUGGGGAGCCCUCCAACCUGCUAAGUUGACUGGGAAAGUUUGCUGUGUGGCAGCGCCGAGUGGGCUCACCGGGGGUGCUGGGAAGGAGCUUCACACAAAGGACGGGAGAAUAAAGGAGGCGGCAGGAUGCUGCUGUAGUAGGGCGGCCCAUUACCCCCCACCCCCCGCUUCCUUGUCUUCCCCCAUUCAGCAGGACACACCGACACUAACAAUCCGCCUGGGCAGGGAUUCCGAGCAAGCGGGCGAGAAUUGAGCUUCCAAGGGGCAAGGCGGCGGCAGGGAGAGCCAUGUUUCCACAAAGCAGGCACCCGACGCCGCAUCAGGCUGCAGGCCAGCCAUUCAAAUUCACUAUCCCUGAGUCCUUGGACCGAAUCAAAGAAGAAUUCCAGUUUCUUCAAGCUCAGUAUCACAGCCUUAAGUUGGAAUGUGAAAAAUUGGCAAGCGAAAAGACAGAGAUGCAGAGGCACUAUGUCAUGUAUUAUGAGAUGUCCUAUGGACUUAAUAUUGAAAUGCACAAACAGACCGAAAUUGCCAAACGAUUAAACACCAUUUGUGCACAAGUCAUCCCAUUUCUUUCUCAGGAACACCAGCAACAGGUGGCUCAAGCUGUAGAGCGUGCCAAACAAGUGACAAUGGCAGAGCUAAAUGCCAUCAUCGGGCAACAGCAGUUACAGGCCCAGCAUCUAUCCCACAGUCAUGGACCGCCAGUGCCUCUGACACCACAUCCAUCAGGUCUUCAACCCCAAGGAAUUCCACCUCUGGGAAGUAGUGCCGGCCUUCUUGCCCUCUCUAGUGCUCUCAGUGGCCAGUCUCACCUAGCCAUGAAAGAUGACAAGAAGCACCAUGAUUCAGACCACCAUAGAGACAGAGAGCCAGGAACAAGUAAUUCUCUCUUGGUUUCGGAAAGUCUGCGAGGUACUGAUAAAAGAAGGAAUGGUCCUGAUUAUUCUAAUGACAUAAAAAAAAGAAAGAUUGAGGACAAGGAUUCCAGUCACUAUGACAGUGAUGGAGACAAAAGUGAUGAUAACUUGGUUGUGGAUGUAUCCAAUGAGGAUCCUACAUCUCCUAGAGUGAGUCCUGCUCACUCACCUAGAGAAAACGGAAUUGAUAAAAGUAGGUUACUUAAGAAAGAUGCUUCAAGCAGUCCCGCAUCCACUGCUUCUUCAGGAAGUUCAACAUCUUUAAAAUCUAAAGAAAUGAGCUUGCAUGAAAAAGCCAGCACGCCUGUUCUGAAAUCAAGCACACCAACUCCUCGAACUGAUGUGCCGACACCCGGCACAAGUGUGACGUCAGGGUUGCGACCAGGUCUUGGCAAACCACCAUCUAUGGAUCCCCUCAUUAACCAAGCUGCUGCUGCUGGCUUGAGAACACCUUUGGCAGUUCCUGGUCCCUAUGCCGGUCCAUUUGGAAUGGUACCACAUGCAGGCAUGAAUGGAGAACUGACGAGUCCAGGAGCUGCCUAUGCUAGCUUGCACAAUAUGUCCCCCCAUAUGAGUGCAGCUGCAGCAGCUGCUGUUGUAGCUUAUGGACGAUCGCCAAUGUCUGGAUUUGACCCUCCACCACACAUGCGAGUGCCAGGAAUGCCUCCAAAUUUAGCUGGAAUCCCUGGUGGCAAACCGGCCUAUUCGUUUCAUGUUACAGCAGAUGGUCAAAUGCAGCCAGUCCCUUUCCCUCCUGAUGCACUUAUAGGACCAGGCAUUCCAAGACAUGCACGGCAGAUAAACACACUAAAUCACGGGGAGGUAGUGUGCGCAGUUACCAUCAGUAACCCCACGAGACAUGUGUACACUGGUGGGAAGGGAUGUGUUAAAGUCUGGGAUAUCAGCCAACCUGGCAACAAAAGCCCUGUCUCUCAGCUGGAUUGCCUGAACAGAGAUAACUACAUCAGAUCAUGUAAAUUGCUGCCUGAUGGAUGCACUCUUAUUGUGGGAGGGGAAGCCAGCACAUUAUCCAUUUGGGACCUGGCAGCUCCUACUCCACGUAUAAAAGCAGAACUGACAUCAUCUGCUCCAGCCUGCUAUGCUCUGGCCAUCAGCCCUGAUUCCAAGGUCUGCUUCUCCUGCUGUAGUGAUGGCAACAUUGCAGUCUGGGAUUUGCACAACCAGACUCUAGUAAGGCAGUUCCAGGGCCACACAGAUGGAGCCAGCUGUAUUGACAUUUCUAAUGAUGGUACCAAGCUCUGGACCGGGGGUUUGGACAACACGGUAAGGUCCUGGGACCUGCGUGAAGGACGGCAGCUCCAGCAGCAUGACUUUACAUCACAGAUCUUCUCUCUUGGGUAUUGCCCAACUGGUGAAUGGCUUGCUGUUGGAAUGGAGAGUAGUAAUGUGGAAGUACUGCAUGUAAACAAGCCAGACAAGUAUCAGCUGCACCUGCAUGAAAGCUGUGUACUCUCACUAAAAUUUGCCUAUUGCGGCAAAUGGUUUGUAAGUACUGGAAAGGAUAAUCUUCUUAAUGCUUGGCGAACCCCAUAUGGAGCCAGUAUAUUCCAGUCCAAAGAAUCCUCAUCUGUACUGAGCUGCGAUAUCUCUAUCGAUGACAAAUACAUUGUCACUGGGUCAGGGGACAAGAAGGCCACAGUCUAUGAAGUCAUCUACUGAAAGUGAUGGCAGCUUCACUACCUUUCUUAUGGAUUUUCCCUGGCCAAAAUGUUUACUAGUUUGGAAAAGAGACACAUUAUUAGAAUCGAAAGAAGGAAAGAAGUGACUUUGAUUGUGGAUUAUGAACUUUUUUUUGUUUCCUACUGGCACAAAUAGUGCAAACAACUUCCUGAACAUAUAAACUGCCUAGAACAAACUAAUAUGAGGGAGGUGGAUCAGAAAUGUCUUAACAAGUCUGCUGACUUUUUUUUGUUCUUUUUUUAAUGUGACGGACACAGGUGUUAACCUUAACGUAAGGGUAACUCCAGAUUAGCAAUUUACUUCUGGUAAGCCAAAUUUUUGUCCCUAUGGCUGUUGUGAGCUACAUUUCUCAGUGAAGUCCCUCUUAGUCUGCGAAUUGAUGUUCCUGACAGCUGGAGGGCUAUGAAUUUGACAUCCUGCUAUACUUCGCAAAACAGUGUUUUUUUUUUUUUUUUUGUGAUUUUUUUUUUGUACUUCGGUUUAAGGUCAAGCAUUUGUAAAAAAUGUAAAUAUAUUUGGUUUGCUACAGUAAAGGCUUUAGUACCAACUGACCUUUUUUUUUUUUUUUUUUUCUAACUGUCAAUAUGUAAAUGUAAAUCCCAUGGUGUAUAUAGGAUUUGUAAUUAUCUGCCAUUGCAAAGGUUGUGAAGUUCUAUUCAUAUUUUACUACACUGUGAUAGGUUUAGGCAAGUUGUAAAUGUUGUUAUAAAUAUGAGCUGCCAUCAUUGGAGAUCUGUUUUAGUUGCGUAUGGGAUGAAUUGAAGUUUGUCCUGUUCCUCCUUUCUAACAAUUUGUUUAGCUUUCUCUUUUUACUCGAUUGCUAGAACCAUUUACAUAAGCCCUGUCAGAUCAUCAUGCCAUUCUAACUUGAGAGAUCUGUUAAAAGCAGACUAUCUGCUGGUACUUAGCUUGGGGAGUAUCAGGGUUCUUUAAUUGUGUAUAUAUAAAAUUAAAGCCUAUUUCUCAUAUUUUUAGCCCUGUAUGCUUUAAUUGUUCCCAACAUUUUAUGCCUUGAAGGGAGAAUUAAAGAAGGUGCUUGACUCCAUCUAGAAUAAUUUGGUUAAAUGGAAUCUCCCAAGAGCAAAUGACAUAUCUGGUACGCUUCACUGAAUGGAUUGAGUGAUUAAAGUUCUGACCUAGUAUUUCUUCAUUUUCACCUGGUAGGGGCCUUUUGCUGGCAACUCCGUGGGUUGUUUUUUUUUUUUUUUUUUCUUUCUUUUCUUUCAUGAGCCUUUGUAACAAGCCAUAAUGAGCUGCUUGUUCAUGUUAUGUAUACAUGCGUGGUUUCUUUAAUUCUGCUCAACAUCCAAAUUAAAAUCUUUUAAUUAUGUCCUUUUG